AUGUCCGACCUAGGCUGUGCUGUUGACACCACUGGAAAGCUUCUCGACACCUCUGAGAUUGUGUUUUAUAACGAUCCAGACGACGAGACACCCAUUUCUGGCCCUGGAGCUCCACCCAAACCCUCUAGUAUCCACCCCUUCUUCUCCCACAGUGCCCCUCCCUCUCGGAUCAUUGCUGGUGCUCAUUGCAGCACUCGCACUUUGCGUCCUUCCACCAGGCUUGUUGAUCCUGACAACGCCGAGUCGAAUGCCUCUGUGAAACGCAAGGCGAAUAGCAGCAUUGACGGCCACCGAGUCUCCCAGAAGACUGAGAACAGCAAGUCUGCCAACGAGCCUGGAGACAAUGACUCAGACGAUUCCUUUGACGACAAUGAUCUGCCGCCCUUAGUGGCUGUAGAAGAUUUUGAUGAGGACGAGGACAAGGAUGAGGGGGAUGAUGUCGAUGUGGGAACUGAACCUGGUGACGAAGCAGAGUAUCGGGAAACUCUGGCUAUGACGUUGGCUGACCAGGAGGCCGCUAUGCCACGCACCAAGCAAGAUUGCACUGCAGAUGUGUGUACCAUCUUCCAGAAGGACAAUGAACAUAAGAAUGUUGAUAUGGGAGCUAUGGAAAAGGGGAACUGGUGUAAAGUAUGUCGGUUGAAGGGAGUACAACGCAAGGCUUGCUUUUUCACAGGAGGUAUCACUACCUUAAGGACCCACAUUGGCCAGCACCCAGACCACAUCGCAAUCUACAAGGAGUGUUGUGACAAACUUAGCAUUCCGAUGCACAACCAUGUCUUUUUUCAAACCCCAAAAGAAGGUCCCAAAGAUGGAAGACGAUCCACAGAAGUGGGAGUACAUGAGGAGCAGCUUGCUUUCACCUCAAUCGAAGGCAACCAUUCUGGGUUGAACAUCACCAAUAUUUUAUUCCAGACUGUUGAACGUUAUAAGAUUUCAGACAAGAUCAGAUGGUUCACUGCCAAUAACACAAGUAACAACGACACUGCCAUCCAUGAGUUGAAUCGGCUGCUGAAUGCUGAUGGUGAUGAUGGCUGGGAUCCAGCCCAACGUCACGUGCACACUGUGGCCCUGACAGCAGCGCACUGUCUUGUGGACAAGAUGACUCAAUGCGAGCCAGUCAACAGUGAGGAUGAGGAGGACAACAAAGAUGAUAAUGUUGAUGAUCCGAAAGUCUCCCCAAGCAUGCACCUUCCUCUGCAGAAUGCCGUCGAUCAGUUUGUCCUUCUUGCUGAUGAUAGCAAGAGUGUUCUGGACUUGCAGGGCAAAUCAUACUCGGACUUUUGCUUAUCAAAAAGAGACUGGAAGAACAUCAAACUAGUCCAUGAAAUUCUUUGGGAGCCCGCCAAUGCCCAGCAAAGUUUCUCCAGCACAAAGAUCCCCACAGUCUUUCGGACCAUUCUGAUCCUCAAGUUCCUCCAACAAUCCUGGGAGAAUAUGUCCAAGGUCACAAAGUUUGCAGAGAUGGAAUCUGCCCUUGAUAAAGGCCUCGAAAAUCUUCGGAAAUGGUAUCAUAAGCUUGCAUACACCGAAGAUAAAUGGGACAUGGACUUUUUCAAUGCCGGUGUUCAACGCCUCAAAGAACUUUUCAACUCAUACUAUGUUACACCAAGUCCACCAAAGACUAAUUUGGAUGCAGAAGAUGUUCCUGGGCCAACAAAUGGCACAUAUGGCUACUCUUAG